AUGAAAGUCUGUUUAAAGACCCAGAUCUAUGAUAUUCGAACGUUGUUGAAAUCUAAAGUUAAAAAUUUUGUUGAAAGUUCUUCGACACUACAUAAGAAGAUGGAUGUGCUAUCCGAAGCGUCAACCCUUUUAAUUAAAGAUAUCACUUUUUUCAACAAAGAUUACAUGGUUAGUCUUCAAGACAAGGUGAAAGGAGAUGCUCUAGUAUUUGCUAAAGUUGAAGAGUUCUUAACCGAAAUCAAAACCAUGCUUUCAUCUCAAUCGACGAUUUCUCUAGAAUCCAUUUCUCAAAUGGUUUCUAAUAUCAAAACAAACAUUAAGGAUGCAUUGGAUACAAGCAGUUGGUGA